AUGUUCCGUGCUGCCGGGGGUCUCGGGGAGGAUCCUGAGCUGCUCCAGCGGCCGCAGUUUCCGCUCCGUUCGGGAGCGCUGGUGGUACGUGGCCCUCAGCAAGUGCGGGGAAUCCUGGAGACCGACAUCACCUUCCUCCUCAUCUUCACCCUCAUCUUCCUCCUCUCCUGCUACUGCGGCUACCGGCUCAAGGGGCGGCAGCUCCUCCACACCACCUACAAGAUGUUCAUGGCGGCGGCCGGGCUGGAGGUUUUGAGCCUCCUCCUGAGCUGCGUCUAUUGGGGCCAGUACGGCUGGGACGGGGUGGGGCACGGACCCAUCAAACUCCUGGGGAAGCUCCUGUUCUCCAUCAGCUUCCUCAUCUUCCUCCUGAUGCUGAUCCUGCUGGGCAAGGGCUUCUCGGUCACCAGGGGCCGCAUCAGCCCGGGGGGCUCCGUCCGUCUGUCCGUCUACAUGACGCUCUACAGCAUCGCCCACAUCGCCCUGCUCACCUACGAGGCUCAG